AUGAAAAGCAGAAGCCAAUCGGAUAAGGCAAGUUGUAUGAUGGACGCUACAAACAGUAACCCACCGCAGGUGGUAGCCAUUCAAAAAAAAUUCACCUGGACCACGGCUCAGAGAACCCGCCUUAGUGAUGUUUAUCAAACUUCUGCGUUCAUCACUCAAAAAAUGAUCGAUGAAUUGGCAGCUGAACUGGGCGUGGAGAAAACGAAGGUUGAGCUGUACUUCAACGGAAAACGCUGGUACGAGACAAAAAAAGCCAAUAAAGAACGCAUGAGAAAGAUCGCACGGGACCUUCCUGCAACUCAAGCUACAAAUGUUGUCAUCCCAGCUAUCCCAGCGAUGCCAAUGGGAACGGCAAACAACGGACCACCGAUUGCCGUUCAUCCGGCGUUGGAUGUUCCACACCAUGGAACUCCGAUUAACUGGGGGAACUAUCAAUGGGGUACCCCAGCUGCAAUGCCAAUGCAAAACCAGCCAAUGCUCGGCUUCGAUCCACUUGGUUAUGGUCACGCUCAUGUUGGACUCUACAAUGCCAACUACGCCAAUGCUCCAGCAUUUGCACCACCAGCUCAAAAUGCCAUGAAUUGGAAUCAGGGAUUCGUCGGUUACCAGCACGGUUCCCAGCAACCGAUCUACGCUGGGCAGGUCAAUGCACCAUGUACUUGCUAUUGCGAUGGAAUCUGUGGAUUCUUUGGCAACAAUCAUUAUUGCUAUCAUUGA